GUAGGUAUAAUAACUACAGUAAUAUCAUUAUCUAUAGAUAUUAAGAAACACUCAACCAAGAAUGUUCAGCCAAAAUUAUUAAUUGUUUCGGAGCAAUCGUCAACUUUGUGGUUUUAAAAUAACGCCAGUUUUGUUAAACAUGUUCUGAUAAAAUUAUGUACGAUAAAGACAUGACUUUUAGCUCCACAUGCAUUAUUUAAGUAAACUGUAAAGUUGACAUCAAUAGGAAAUACUUUUCGGAAAGCCACUACGUAAAAUUUGAUGGUUAGCUUUAUUGGAGCUUUAACAAAACAAUACACACUAAACGUAUUUUAACUGUCAACUUAUAAGAGUUCUUGAGAUACAGCCCAUUACCAGCCAGGCAAACAAUGUAAGUUUAAUAUAAUGGGAUUCCUAUUUUUACUAUUUGGGCACGGUACCUUGAAAAUAGCAUCAUAUUGCGAAUCACAAUAUCAACAAACCUAAACGUGUUGUUUACAGCCCGCAGACAAUAACACAAAUAAAAUGACGCUUGGUAACAGUGCAUUAGUACCUAGACUUAAGUCAGUUGGGUGCAUCUUAAAUGUGGCCAUAUCUUCCAAGUAAGAAAUGAAAGGCUAAAAUUUAAGUAAGGAUGGCUUCAUACGAACAAAACGACAUUGUUUCGGAGAAGAGGCCCCCAAAGCUGGUGGCACCGCAAGCGGAUUCAUGGAGGUUCCGUAUUUCCCACUUCAAUGUGGUGGCCUUCUCUUAUUGGCAUGCGGCCGGGCUAUAUGGCCUGUACUUGUGUUUCACAUCAGCUCGAUGGCCUACUAUAUUCCUCGCUGCAAUUCUAACAGAAGCAUCAACACUAGGCGUCCUAUGCGGUGCUCACAGACUUUGGUCCCACAAGAGCUACAAAGCCAAGCUGCCCCUUCAGAUCAUCCUGGUCAUAUUCCAAACACUAUCCGGCCAGUACUCGGUCUACAACUGGGUCCGAGACCACAGAAUGCACCAUCGCUAUAGCGACACGGAUGGUGACCCGCAUAAUGCCACUAGAGGAUUCUUUUACUCGCACAUCGGUUGGUUGUUAGUGCAGAAACACCCUGAGGUCCACAAGCGAGGACAGGACGUAGACAUGUCUGAUAUAACGAGCAAUCCUCUACUGGCUUUUCAAAGAAAACACGCGGCGAUCCUAUUCACCUUGAUAUGCUACGUGCUGCCAACCAUUAUCCCAGUAUAUUUCUGGGAAGAAACGCUCAGCACCGCGUACCACGUUAACAUACUGCGGUUCAUCCUCUGCCUCAACUUCACGGGCCUAAUCAACAGCGCUGCACACGUUUUUGGAAACAGACCUUACGAUAAGGAAGUGAUGGCCACUGAGAAUGACUCAGUAAUGUUAUUGACCCUUGGUGAAGGCUCUCAUAAUUACCACCACGUGUUUCCUUGGGACUAUCGAGCAGCAGAGCUGGGAAGUUGGUUUAAUUUCUCUAAGACUUUCAUUGAUUUCUUCGCGUUGAUUGGUUGGGCGUACGACUUGAAGACAGCCGAUCGAAAAAUUAUCAUCAGUAGAGUUGAAAGAACUGGAGAUGGAUCAUAUGAAGGAAAGGAAAUGAGAAGCGAACGCAAUCGCGGGCAAUAAAUUAAUUUGUAAUGUUAGUCUCUCAAAGAUAGGUGAUAAUGAUAGAAUCUGUUCGUAAUUUUGCUGACGAAAAUUGUAGACUAAUAAUGAGUAUAAUGACUCAUUACGUAAAACAUUAGAGAAAAAACACACAAAUAAUACAGGUCAGCUAUUGUAUUAGAAUCCAUAAAAAUAUUAUUUUUAAAUAUCUUGAAAAAUCUAUUUUGAUUUUAAAUGUUUUAGUGCCGAUGUAAAAUUCUUGCGUUAUUAGGGCUCAAUACCUCAAAGAAAAUAACCAAAAUCCCCAUAGGUUAGCAAAAUACAUUUUAAAUGAAAUACAGGGUGUUUAUUUAGUCACCUGCAAUAAUUUACGGGCUGAAUAUAUACGUCAUACUGAGCAACUUUUACUAUAGGACCAACCCCGAAAUUGCGAAUAAAAUGUUUACACUCCCAUAGAAAAUGUCAAGCUCAGACAGCCAAAAUGUAUGUAACAGUUGGCUAGUUGGCUGUUUCAUUAUUUUUUUAAUUCGCGAUUUUGGGGUUGAUCCCAUGGUAAAAGUUGCUCGGUAUGACCUAUAUAUUCAUCCCGUAAAUUAAUGCACGUGACUAAAUAAGCACCCUGUAAACUGACUUUUGUAAUUAUUUUGUAAACAAAUCAAUGGAAAUUAUUUUUUUAAGUUUUAUAUAAAGCUUGUCUACAUAUUAUGCUUGUUUUGUAAAUAAAAGUUGUCAUUUUAUAAAUAUGUAAUACCAACUCAGUGUAGACAAGGAAACGUUGACAUUUAAUUUUAACCAAAUUCGCCCAAGCGAACUUCAGACGGAACUGCAACAGCAACAAACAUCACAGUUUACAACCAAAACACAGCGCCACAGGAAAAAAUCUUCAGCCAUUUUGGAAAGCUACAAAAAUAAUGGUCUACGUACAUUGCGCGGUUUGCACACAGUUCCUCGUUACGGUCGGUGGCGAUGGCGGCCAUAACUUCAAAGGUUUUAUGGGCGCGCCCCGCGCCGUCUAAAUAUUUAGGUAAUAAUUACAUAAGUACACGUAUGUAGGUCUUAUAUAGCUACAUGUGGAAUGGAAUGACUGCCGAGGCCUAUUUGUUUUUAUGACCUAUAUUUUUAUUGGAUUGAUGUUUUUAGAGAUGAAAUUGGCGUUUAUUUAUGUGAGAACGUAAAGUCAAAAGGUUUCUGAAGAUUCAAUCCCAACUUUUCCAUUCUGCUUUGAUAGAGGUACCUAUGUACUAAUCAUUUUAAUCAAAAGUGUAGAAAAUCUACAUAGAUUUGCUAUUUGGGAAUACUUGGCCCUUGCUUCAAGAUGCUGCAUUCUGGUUUAACGAGGUUUUUUAAUGUCUUCACAUAUUUAAAUAAAUAAUAAAUAAAUAAAUAUUAUAGGACAUUAUUACACAAAUUGACUAAGUCCCACAGUAAGCUCAAUAAGGCUUCUGAGACAACACUCAUCACACGAAUAAAUGCCCUUACCAGGAUUUGAACCCGGGACCAUCGGCUUCAUAGGCAGGGUCACUACCCACUAGGCCAGACAGGUCGUCAAUAUUUGUCGAGUAACCAAAGAAAAUUUGGAGUAUCUCAGUGGUCAUUGUUGAUAAAACUGUAUUUUUCAUUGGGUUAUGAGCAUUUUACGGUAUUCUAUGAGUUUUUAUUAAUGAAUUCUUAUUCUGUGAUACAACGAGUGAAUGCCGCCAGCAUCCUUGGUACAAUUUUAGAUUUAAGCUAGUUCUAGUAUCCUCUGUAUAUUGUUAUUGUUAAUAAAAUAAUCGCUAGUUAAAUUGCAUUUUGUUAAUAAGUUUCUUUGUUUUCGUA